CCACCUGCUAACAGUAACUGUGUUGGAGUACCACCUGCUAACAGUAACUGUGUUGUAGUACCACCUGCUAACAGUAACUGUGUUGGAGUACCACCUGCUAACAGUAACUGUGUUGGAGUACCACCUGCUAACAGUAACUGUGUUGGAGUACCACCUGCUAACAGUAACUGUGUUGGGUACCACCUGCUAAUAGUAACUGUGUUGGAGUACCACCUGCUAACAGUAACUGUGUUGGAGUACCACCGCUAACAGUAACUGUGUUGUAGUACCACCUGCUAACAGUAACUGUGUUGAGUACCACCUGCUAACAGUAACUGUGUUGGAGUACCACCUGCUAACAGUAAAUGGUGUUGUAGUACCACCUGCUAACAGUAACUGUGUUGUAGUACCACCGCUAACAUAACUGUGUUGGAGUACCACCGCUAACAUUAACUGUGUUUGAGUACCACCUGCUAACAGUAACUGUGUGUUGGAGUACCACCUGCUAACAGUAACUGUGUGAGUAACCCCUGCUACGUACUGUGUUGUAGUACCACCUGCUAACAGUAACUGUGUUGGAGUACCACCUGCUAACAGUAACUGUGUUGGAGUACCACCUGCUAACAGUAACUGUGUUGGAGUACACUGCACAAAUGGUUGAGUACCACCUGCUAAAGUAACUGUGUUGGAGUACCACCUGCUAACAGUAACUGUGUUGGAGUACCACCUGCUAACAGUAACUGUGUUGUAGUACCACCUGCUAACAGUAACUGUGUUGGAGUACCACCUGCUAACAGUAACUGUGUUGGAGUACCACCUGCUAACAGUAACUGUGUUUGGAGUACCACCUGCUAACAGUAACUGUGUUGGUAGUACCACCUGCUAACAGUAACUGUGUUGGAGUACCACCUGCUAACAGUAACUGUGUUGUAGUACCACCGCUAACAGUAACUGUGUUGAGUACCACCGCUAACAGUAACUGUGUUGGAGUACCACCCGCUAACAGUAACUGUGUGUUGUAGUACCACCUGCUAACAGUAACUGUGUUGGAGUACCACCUGCUAACACUAACUGUGUUGGAGUACCACCUGCUAACAGUAACUGUGUGUUGUAGUACCACCUGCUAACAGUAACUGUGUUGUAGUACCACCUGCUAACAGUAACUGUGUUGUAGUACCACCUGCUAACAGUAACUGUGUUGUAGUACCACCUGCUAACAGUAACUGUGUUGGAUGUACCACCUGCUAACAGUAACUGUGUUGUAGUACCACCUGCUAACAGUAACUGUGUUGGAGUACCACCUGCUAACAGUAACUGUGUUGGAGUACCACCUGCUAACAGUAACUGUGUUGGAGUACCACCUGCUAACAGUAACUGUGUUGGAGUACCACCUGCUAACAGUAACUGUGUUGUAGUACCACCUGCUAACAGUAACUGUGUUGGAGUACCACCUGCUAACAGUAACUGUGUUGUAGUACCACCUGCUAACAGUAACUGUGUUGGAGUACCACCUGCUAACAGUAACUGUGUUGGAGUACCACCUGCUAACAGUAACUGUGUUGGAGUACCACCUGCUAACAGUAACUGUGUUGUAGUACCACCUGCUAACAGUAACUGUGUUGGAGUACCACCUGCUAACAGUAACUGUGUUGGAGUACCACCUGCUAACAGUAACUGUGUUGAGUACCACCUGCUAACAGUAACUGUGUUGUAGUACCACCUGCUAACAGUAACUGUGUUGGAGUACCACCUGCUAACAGUAACUGUGUGUGGAGUACCACCGCUAACAGUAACUGUGGUUGUGUACCACCUGCUAACAGUAACUGUGUUGUAGUACCACCUGCUAACAGUAACUGUGUUGUAGUACCACCUGCUAACAGUAACUGUGUUGGAGUACCACCCGCUAACAGUAACUGUGUGUUGUAGUACCACCUGCUAACAGUAACUGUGUUGUAGUACCACCUGCUAACAGUAACUGUGUUGUAGUACCACCUGCUAACAGUAACUGUGUUGGAGUACCACCUGCUAACAGUAACUGUGUGUUGUAGUACCACCUGCUAACAGUAACUGUGUUGGAGUACCACCUGCUAACAGUAACUGUGUUGUAGUACCACCUGCUAACAGUAACUGUGUUGUAGUACCACCUGCUAACAGUAACUGUGUUGUAGUACCACCUGCUAACAGUAACUGUGUUGGAGUACCACCUGCUAACAGUAACUGUGUUGGAGUACCACCUGCUAACAGUAACUGUGUUGGAGUACCACCUGCUAACAGUAACUGUGUUGAGUACCACCUGCUAACAGUAAGUGUGUUGGAGUACCACCUGCUAACAGUAACUGUGUUGGAGUACCACCUGCUAACAGUAACUGUGUGUUGUAGUACCACCUGCUAACAGUAACUGUGUUGGAGUACCACCUGCUAACAGUAACUGUGUGUUGUAGUACCACCCGCUAACAGUAACUGUGUUGUAGUACCACCUGCUAACAGUAACUGUGUUGUAGUACCACCUGCUAACAGUAACUGGUGUUGUAGUACCACCUGCUAACAGUAACUGUGUUGGAGUACCACCUGCUAACAGUAACUGUGUUGUAGUACCACCUGCUAACAGUAACUGUGUUGGAGUACCACCUGCUAACAGUAACUGUGUUGUAGUCACUCUUUUA